CCUUGAAGCUUCAAAAUGUCGCAGCUCGCUGAUUACCGCCUUCUCUCUUUCGAUGUAUACGGCACUCUGAUCGACUGGGAAAGUGGAGUACUGGCCGCGUUUGAGCCCGCUCUCAAGAAGGACAAUGCUCAGUUCUCUCGCGAGCAUCUCCUCAAAACAUAUCAUGAACUUGAGCGAGCGCAGCAGACCAUGACACCUCAUCUGCCCUAUUAUCAACUACUGGCCACCGUGCACCCCCAGUUGACCGAGCGGCUGGGGUUGAGCAAACCCACCGAGGAGGAGAGCCGCAUAUUUGGCGAGUCUGUUGGGCACUGGCCCGCCUUCCCAGACACGGUCGAGGCACUGAAGCGGCUGGGAAAGCAUUAUAAACUGGUUGUGCUGUCCAACGUCGACCGAGGGUCAUUUGAGAAGACGAACGCCGGCAGUCUGCAGGGCGUCCACUUCGAUCUUGUCAUCACCGCCCAAGAUGUUGGCUCGUAUAAGCCAGACCUCCGCAACUUCUAUCAUAUGUUACAAGCUGUCAAGGCGCAAUUCAAUGUGGAGCCAAAGCAAGUGUUGCAGACAGCACAAAGUCAGUUCCACGACCACCACCCGGCCCGAAAGAUGGAGAUUAAAUCGGUCUGGAUUGAGCGACCAGGAGCUGUGAUGGGUAACCUGUCUGAGACGGUUUAUGACUGGCGGUUCGAUACCUUGGGGGACAUGGCUGAUGCUGUGGAGAAAGUUGCUGUGACUUUCACUGCAGACCAGUUCCAGGGCAUCUACCGGGGGAAGAGGUACCAUGAGCCAGAUUUUGGCGAGGUACUGAAGAGGGCUCAGGAAUAUGGCUGCGAGAAGGUGAUGCUAACCACGAUGACCCUAGCAGGGGCUCACGAAAAUCUCAAGGUGGUGAGGGAGUUUCCGAACGUGUGCACUUUGACAUUGGGAGUGCAUCCCUAUCAUGCGGGGGAGAUUUACGACGGCAAAGAUGGCGUGGACCAUUUGCGAGCUGUCGAAGAGCUCGGCAGAACACUUCUAGCCGAAAGUCCGUCACCCCUCGUGGCAUUUGGUGAGAUUGGGCUUGACUAUGAGUAUCUAGAUCGUGCGGACAAAGCUUCGCAGCAGCGGGCAUUUCGUGACCAGCUGGAGUUGGCCACCCGAAUGGAUCUUCCACUUUUUCUGCAUGUGCGCGAAUCAUGCUCCGAUUUUAUUGACAUCAUUCGACCAUACCUGCCCAGACUUCCGCGAGGUGGACUGGUUCAUUCUUUUACCGGCUCGACGGAGGAAAUGCACCAGUUGGUAGACCUGGGCCUGGAUAUCAGUGUCAACGGGGUCUGCUUCCGAACUGAAGACCAAUUGGAUAUGGUGCGCCACAUUCCACUGAAGAACUUGCACCUGGAAACCGACGCCCCUUGGUGCGAAGUGCUAAGCAACGAUGAGAAAAUCGCCCCCUAUCUGGCAAGUGCUCGGUCAUUGCCCGCCUCCCGAAAGCAUAACAAAUUUGUGGCCGGCCAGAUGGUCAAAACUCGAAACGAGAGCUGCACCAUCGAACGAGUGGCUCUUGUUGUGGCCGGGCUGAAAGGCAUUUCGGUGGAAGAAGUAGCGCAGGCAGCAUGGAACAAUAGCACCCGUAUGUUUGGGUUAGGCAUUCAUGAAGGUUAG